UCUAAUAAAUAAUUUCGAUAAAAUGAAUAUCCCUGCGGCUAGAUGUAAACUAGCGAGAAUUCGAUGUUUACAAGACUGUAUUAAGUGUUUGCAAGAACUUAAACCCUUACCCGAAAGCCUUUGCUAUGUAUCUGGAAAAGUUGUUUAUUAUUCUCCUCGUAAAACAACGCUCAAAUUGUACGAGGAAGCAGACGUUAAAAGUAAAAAAAUAUGUGACAUUUCCUGUACUGUCGAAAGUCGGUUGUAUGCAAGUGGAGAAGAACACUGUAACAGCAGUGGCAAAUGGAUUGCCGUAAAGAAAUUUCUAGCCUCAACAACAGCGGAACCUAUUAUCUAUAAAAAUGAUGCAUGGCUGCUUCUCUACAGUAGCCGAAGUUCAACAGAAGAAGCCCCUGCAGUGGUUUCAAUAGCAGAUUUACAAUCUCAACAAACCUGGGAAGAUGUUGUAGUAGAGACAUAUUCCCUGAAGAUUCCAAAGUACAAGACGAAGAUUGAGCCCCCGGAUGAAGAAGCUGUAUCUCGACUACGCUCUCUACCGCCUGGCUGGACUCUGGAACAUGACGUUGCCAUGGUGAAACUCAUGUCACAGCAUCUCCCACCUGACAAUGAGCAACUCGGCACUAUUAAGACUUACGUCGAAUCUAUUGACGUGUCAUCAUUUUGUGAGGACGAUGGCCCGGAAAACCUCACUGAUGGCAGUGAAGACACAUUUUGGGAGAGUGAUGGUAACCAGGGGCAACACUGGAUUCAACUGAGGAUGAAAAAAGGAACAGUUAUAAAAAAGUUGUACUGUACUGUAGACGGCAGCGAUGACAACUACCUACCAUCACGGUUUGUGGUUCAGGGCGGGGAACAAGACAACCUAAAAAUAAUCAACACAGUGCACAUAGACUGGUCUAUUGCUGGGCGCCAGGACAUAUUGUUGUUGGAUGGAGCGACGGAACAUUAUUCAGUCAUUAUGAUCCGCAUCAAGGAAUGUAAAACUGGAGGAAUUGACACAAGAAUUCGGGGAAUAAAGCUGACUUCGACAGAAGAGAGGUCUCUUGGUUUUGACAGAGACUUUUUCGCGCACGACAAUCUUGUCCGAUAUCCAAUCCUGGAAGGAUACAGUCCAGACCAGUUGUAUCGACGCUCCAUUGUACUGCAGAGGUUUAUUACAAUCUUGGACAGUGUGUUGAAUCUGAUGGUUCCAUCCUGGCAAUACUCAGUUGGGUCCUACAAAUGUCUAGAGAUUAUUCGUCAGUUUCUUCGAAUGUCCAAGAAGAAACAGUCUUUGAUUGACAUAUUUCUGAAAGCAACAGUCAGCGAACCACCCGAAAAGCCGAUUGUUUACGUGAAUCGUCGCUCGGCCAUGGAGCAUAGAUGUAACCCAAGUCUGGAUCCCCAGUGUAAGCAAUCAGUCUUCAUUCAGUUGUAUGAGGGACUCAAGCCAAGAGAUCGAUUGUCCAAACCACUGGACUACAGGUUUCCUGCAAACUAUGAACAGUGGUGGGAGUGUAAGUUUCUGUCUGAGGGAAUCAUUGAUCAAGGAGGAGGGUUUCGUGACAGUUUGUCUGACUUGGCCGAAGAGUUAUGUCCGACCACCACUGAUGGUCCAAUUCCAUUGCCCUACUUCAUACGGGCACCAAAUCAGGGGCAGGAUGACCCCACAGCCAGUUCUGAUGUCUAUAUCCCUAAUCCAGCCUGCUCAGACUUUGAAAAAUACGAAUGGAUCGGUCAGCUGAUGGGUGCCUGUUUCCGGGGAAGAGAAAACUUGAUCCUAUCACUGCCAAGAUUUGUAUGGAAGAAACUGGUUGGGGAAUCCGUUUCCUGGACUCCAGAUUUUACCUCUGUAGAUGCGGCAGAGGUAUACAUGGUUAAUGAACUGGAGACUAUGGAGGAAAAAAUGUUUAAUGCUGUCACGCGACACUGGAGCAUGUUGCUGAGCGAUGGCAAUAUGGCAUUCCUUCGAAUAGACGAGGAUGGAAACCCUCUGCCACUCUCCUUUGAGGAUCGCAAAGAAUAUUGUGAGAAAGUGCGUGAAAUGAGAAUGACGGAAUUCGACGAACAGAUUGCUGCCCUCCGGUGUGGAUUGAUGAAAAAUUUGCCAAUUGCUGUGCUAGAUUUGCUACCCUGGCAGGAAUUGGAGACCAAGGUGUGCGGGGAGCCGAACAUCACAAUAGAAGCAUUAAGAAAAACAACGCACUAUGAUGACUUGGAAGAGGAUGAUAUUCGUGUGAAAUAUCUCUGGGAAGCACUGAAGAAAUUCUCAAAUGAGGACCGCAGCCGAUUUCUGAGAUUUGUUACGGGGAGACGGAGGCUACCAGCUCCACUGUACAUAUCAUCAGGAAAAGGGGAUGCAAUUGAUUCCCUUCCCGAGUCAUCUACAUGUGGCAAUAUGCUCUACUUGCCCUAUUAUUCCAGUGCUAAAGUCGCAGAAGAAAAGAUACGCUAUGCCGCUUAUAACUGUAUAGCUAUCGACACAGACAUGAAUCCUUGGGAGGACUGAAACCCAAGCUAUUUAAAGUUGGUAUUUUAUUCAAAUUGACAAAAAGAAAACAACAUUUAGAUGACAUGGUCUGUUGGAACUGCAUGGUUUUUGUUAUUGUCUCUUAUCUGCACAAGAACCUGAAAAAUGAACAAGCCAAUGCUGUAAUAAAUAAUGACUACCAAA